AAACCUCCACACGCCCUGUGUUCCGGUCAGCCUCACCGGUGCGGUUGAUUUGCGUGAGGUUCGCUCGCGCUGACGCCAAAUUAAGAGGACGUGAUGUGUCGCACUCGCACGAGCCGCUCGCCACUGAACGCCUGGAUGACAUAAAAGCGCGCGGCUCUGCUCUGAUCCUGUUUUGUUCUCGCGCACCGGCUGAGCGCUCGCGCUGCGGUAUCCGCGCACAAGGCUGAAAGACUCACAGAGAGAAACGGAGAGUGCGCGAGCGACACGCAACCGCGAAAUGGUCCCGUGCGUUCUGGGGUUUCUUUUCCUGCCACUGUGUCUCCGGUUGGUCGAGUUUAUCGACGCCUCGCGAAUAGAAUGUGAGCCAUCGCAGUUCCAAUGUGGGAACGGCCGCUGCAUCCCAUCCGUGUGGCAAUGUGACGGUGACGUGGACUGCACUGAUGAGAGUGACGAGAACACAUGUGUGAGGAAGACGUGUGCGGCCCAGGACUUUAUCUGUCGCAACGGCCAGUGCCUCCCCAAGAGAUGGCACUGCGAUGGAGAACCUGACUGCGAAGACGGCUCGGACGAGAGCGCAGACGUGUGUCACAGCAGAACUUGCCGUAUGAAUGAGUUUAGCUGUGGCACGGGCUCUACACUGUGCAUUCCUGUCUCUUGGAAGUGUGACGGCGAGCAAGACUGUGACAACGGAGAAGACGAGGCGAGCUGUGGUAACAUCACCUGCUCCCCUAUGGAGUUCACCUGUGCCAGUGGUCGCUGUAUCUCCCAGAACUUUGUGUGUAACGGUGAGGACGACUGCGGUGACGGUACUGAUGAGUUAGACUGCGCUCCAUCCUCCUGCGACACUAACCAGUUCCAGUGCAAAAAUGCCACCUGCAUUCCUAUUAGUUGGGUGUGUGACCACGACGUCGACUGUCAGGACCAAUCGGAUGAGUCACCUCUGCACUGUGGGAAGAACCCCACACCACCAGCGAAAUGCUCAACUAGUGAGACGCAGUGCGGCUCAGGAGAGUGCAUUCACCGCAAGUGGCGCUGCGAUGGAGACGCCGAUUGCAAAGAUGGCAGCGACGAGAGAAACUGCCCUCCUCGCUCCUGUCGACCGGACCAAUUUAAAUGUGACGACGGCAGCUGUAUCCAUGGUAGCCGACAGUGCAACGGUUUCCGGGACUGUGCCGACGGCACGGAUGAAGACAACUGCAAAAACCUGACUCAGUGCAGCGGCCCUGACAAGUACAAGUGUCGGAGUGGGGAGUGUAUUGAGAUCAGCAAAGUCUGUAACAAAGUCCGUGACUGCACUGACUGGAGUGACGAACCAAUUAAAGAAUGCAAUCUGAACGAGUGCCUCGUCAACAAUGGUGGAUGCUCGCACCUGUGCCGUGACCUGGUGGUUGGCUACGAGUGUGCCUGCACUCCUGGGUUGCAGCUCAUUGAUCAUAAAACCUGUGGUGAUAUCAACGAGUGUCUGAAUCCUGGGAUCUGUAGUCAGAUUUGCAUCAACCUGAAAGGAGGCUACAAAUGCGAGUGUCAUGAGGGUUAUCAGAUGAACUCUAGCACAGGAGUGUGUAAAGCAGUAGGCAAAGAGCCUUCUCUGAUCUUCACAAACCGGAGAGACAUCCGAAAGCUGGGGCUGGAAAGGCGUGAGUACACACAGAUAGUAGAGCAGCUGCGCAACACUGUGGCCCUGGAUGCAGACUUCAACCGUCAGAAGAUCUUCUGGGCUGAUUUGGGUCAGAAAGCCAUCUUCAGUACAGCACUGGACAAACGUGAAGAUGUGAGCAGCCACACCAAAGUGAUUGAUGUCCAGAUGCCUGUGGGGAUAGCGGUGGACUGGAUCUACAAGAACAUCUACUGGUCAGACCUGAGCAGUAAGACGAUAGCUGUGGCCAAUUUCAAUGGCACUAAGCAGAGGGUGUUGUUCAACAAGGACUUGAAGGAACCAGCUUCUAUUGCAGUGGAUCCUCUGUCUGGGUUCCUGUACUGGUCGGACUGGGGUGAGCCAGCUAAGAUCGAGAAGUCCGGAAUGAACGGGGUAGACAGACAGGUCCUGGUUGAAACUGAUAUUCAGUGGCCCAACGGUAUUACCCUUGAUCUGAUCAAAAGCAGACUUUACUGGGUGGAUUCCAAGCUGCACACAUUGUGUAGUGUGGAUCUAAAUGGAGAUAACCGGAAAAAAGUCCUGCAGUCCCAAGACUAUUUGGCUCAUCCCUUUGCCCUCACUGUGUUUGAGGAUCGGGUUUUCUGGACCGAUGGUGAGAGUGAGGCUAUUUAUGGCGCGAACAAGUUUACAGGAUCAGAUGUGGUGAUGCUAGCCAACAACCUGAAUGAACCACAGGACAUUAUUGUCUACCAUGAACUUGUACAGCUGUCUGGUACCAACUGGUGCAACGAGAGAGAAGAAAAUGGGGGCUGUGCCUACAUGUGUCUCCCUGCACCCCAAAUCAACAAACACUCCCCCAAGUAUACAUGCAUUUGUCCUGAAGGUCAGGAGCUGGCCUCAGAUGGCUUGGAGUGCAGACCAGUGGCAUCUACAGCUGUUCCACAAGAUGAAGGGCGGGUGCUUGUACACCCAACACAUCCUCCAGAGACCCCAAAACCCAAGGUUGCAGUGCAAUCAGAGCCCACUGAAAGAAAUCUCAGCACCGCCAUACAUGAGGUGAAAUCAGCCAAGGGAUCAGCUGCAGCCUGGGCGGCUUUGCCAGUGUUGUUGCUGGCCAUGACUGCAGUUGGGGGUUACAUAAUGUGGCGGAAUUGGCAGAUAAAGAAUAAAAAGAGUAUGAAUUUUGACAACCCAGUGUAUCUGAAGACUACAGAAGAAGACCUAAACAUUGACAUCAGCAGACACACUGCAUCAGUUGGUCACACGUAUCCAGCUAUUUCUAUAGUCAACACAGAAGAUGACAUGCCAUAACCACACCUCUACACUGCUCCUGUUUAUGAACUGUCCACUUGGGACUCUCACCAAACACUGCUGUUUCAGCAGGCUGACAGUCAGAUGCCUUCCGAAGUGCAUUUUUCCAUUGUUUCUUUAAGGGUGGUGUGUCUUGCUUGUGUGUGUGUGUUUGCGAGAGAAAUACGAUGUUGACUUGCUUCCUUCUCACAAUAAACAUGCCCAAAGCAACUGAGGACGUGGCCUUUCACUGAUUCUGCCACAAUCUUGGUCCAUGCAAAAUGACUGACCAACUUGACAGCUCUCAAUCUUGAGGAGACGAGAAGUUGGACUGGAGACCAGGAAUUUAGACGUGGUCAUUUGCUGUUGAGAAUUUCGUUUUGGGCAAAUGAAUGUUUAGACAAAAUCUGUUUUAGGCAGCCAUGUUGAAAAUGUGAGGUGGUUUUUUUUUUUUUUUUUUUCUUUCUUUCUCUCUCUCUACUUGAGGAAUAUUUACCUCCAGAAGCACAUUCUUAGCAAACUUAUGUCCAUCCUGGGGAAAACUGAGCUCUGUAUGAGGAGUGACAUUGGAACAUUUGUAAAAUGCUGUAAAUAUCCCUAACUUAAAGAGUAAUCAGGAUUCUCCAAGCACUUUGGUCAAAUGGUCAUCAUGUGUAAAUAAGAUUGUAUACAAUUUUGCUAUGUUGGGAUAUAGUACCAGGGUAGAUUAAUAUGUAUUUGGGGGGCUGGGAAAAGGUUUGUUAAUCUAUUUUCUAUGUUUGUGCUGUUCCUGUAACCUUUUUAUAGCAUUGUACAGGAAGUAAUUAAAUGCUGUGUUGAGGAAAUUUGCAAAUACUUCAAAUAAAAGGAAAUGGUCAGUUGUA